CUCCAAAACAAUCGCGCCAAAAAAUCUCGAGUUUCAGUACGAGUACGUACUCUGCAGUAUCAGAACGUACCGCGGAGGUACUUUACCUAGCCUGCGGUAACAAAAAUAAUUUUGUAAUGGUUGCGUAGCGGCACUCAGACGACCGAAGGCGGUGAUGAAGAGCAGCUUUCGAUGGCACACUACGAAGACUGUAUUACUCGCACCKAACUCUGAAGUGCAAGGCACGAACCCUGCGCAGUUCAUCUCUAUCGGUGGUGUGCAAGCUUACUCCGGGUACAACAGUGGCCUUGUGUCCAGUCCAAGAUCCAUGUCUCCCACACCAGCAGCAGCAAAAACAACAACCCUGAGCACACGGCAGCCAAGAAAGUUCGGGUCCAAGCGAACCGAAACGAAACGCCGACGUGUCACGAAGAGCGACCCAGACAAUGGGCUGCGACCAGAUGCUGUUGGUUCCUCCAUUCGAGGCGGCAAUGGGCUGCGACCAGAUGCCGUCGGCUCCUCUAUUCGAGGCAGCAAUCCUGCCGUGCUUGUCGAUGCGCCCUUGGCUGCUCGUUCGACCGGGUUCUUCUCUUCACCUAGGGACAUUUCGAGGACGCUUGGCAAGCUCGAAAAUCGGUCGUCGCGAAUAAACGGCAUCAGAGCUCUGGAGCAAAUCCAAGAAUGGUUGGCAAACGAUAAGGCGACCACCGAAUCCUCAAAGGGGGUAUUGGAACAUUUUUAUUUUUACGGUGGUGUUGCAAGAACCCUGGAUUUUCUCGAAGACAACAUGGACGACCUCGAUUGCGUGAUGAUUGCCGCUGCUGUUCUGUCUGACUUUCUUUCCUUUCGAUGGAACGGAACGGUACAAAAUAGGGAGAUUGCAAUGAACAUAGCCAAGACGAUUGUCCAGCGCAACGGAAUUCCGCUCUUGCUGCUUGCCAAUCAAGAGUUUCUGGUCGGGCAAAGGACUUCUUCUGCUACGAAACACGUUUGGAUUGCGAUCGGCAGGACGAUCAACGGAGAAGAAACUCGCUGCAUCCUUGACAAGAAGCAAAAGCUAAAUAUUUUGAGUGACGCCAUCGACUGCAUUUUCCGACUGGAAAAAACUGGUAGCGAGGACUGGGCCGACGGUGUUCUCCAGGUGGUCCUCUACACCAUUGCCAACACAAUCAAAGACGCCUCGAUAGAAAAAGAGGACUUGAAGCGAUUAGAUAUUGUGCCAGGCUGUCUUAUGAUCUUGGAAAAGGAGAGUGAUCAGAAUCGUAGCGACGAUGUGAUAACCUACGCUCUCGGGAUCCUGACAAUGUGCACCAAACAGAAGAAGCUCGUGCGGAAGAAAGAUUUCGAACAACUACUGCCCAUACUAAUUCGUUGCAUGAAACAGUUUGGUGGAAACAGCCAAAUUCGGUCGUUUGUUCUGGCACUUCUUGCAGGUGCUUGCGAAAAGCUCCCAAAGGAAACGAUGGAAAAGGCGGGCGUGCUCGAAGCUAAUUCUACACUGCUAAAAUCGGAUGGACUAAGCGAAGAAGUAAAGGAAAGAGCUCGUAGCAUAAUGAGAAAGAUACUUAAUUGAACUCAAGCACGGACUUUGACAACGAUGCCAAAAAGUUAAUAUUGAAAGAGAAAACACAAAAUGUCAGAUUUUGAUUCGAUGCGAACGAUAUGGUUCUUUUCUUCCCAGGCAAUCGAUUUGGACCCGGCAGGAGGGUUUUGCCAACAGAGAGAAACAUGGAUAAUUGGCAAUAAGUAGAACGCCUCCAAGGAUUCGGAAAGAUCGAUUCAUUAUUUCGUGCAAGAUACAAGUUGACGUAAAGUAGCAAAUUAUUUCUUUAUAUUGGAUAAUUGCUAAGCAUUAACCUACAUAGUACCUAAUAUGAGCUUACAUCAAGGCACAAAUGCCUCCUUGGAGACGUGGAUUGUUCGUGUCAUCAUUAGUACCUCCAGGGCAGCGGUUUGUGUUGUGUUUCUCAUUCUUUUCGAGUCCUUGUAUCCAAGGAUAUUCAAGGGCUUCUUUAGCGGUGAGUCUGUCUGUCGGGUUUUUAUCCAACAUCAAUUCAACCAAAUCUUUGACGUCCUGUGAUAUUUUACCCCACUCACUCUCGGGAAAGUCGAGUUCUGCAGUUUUGUUUGCCUCGAUGAGUGCCUUCUCAGUUUCACCGUAAAACGGUUCGUACCCACACAACAUCAAAUAAAAGGUCACGCCGGCAGAGAAGACAUCUACUUUGUUUCGAUAACCUUCCCCUGGCCCGGCCUUGAAGAUCUCAGGAGCUACAUAUCCAGGCGAUCCACAACGGCCUCUCACAAAUCCAUCCGCACCGACCAAUGUCGACAUACCGAAAUCACAAAUCUUGACCGAGACUCCGUACUUGGAUUCGUUUGACGUGGUCAUCAAUAUAUUAGCUGGCUUUAUAUCACGGUGAGCAAUACCUGCCCGAUUCAUGGCAUCCAAUGCAACUAAAAUGUCGCGAAUGAUGCAUCCUGCCUCUCCCUCUUCCAAAACCCCCUUCGACGAAAUGUACUCAAAUAAGUCCCUUCCGUCGAGAAGUUCCAAUUCGAUGACAACCUUGUCCGAAGUUUCGAAAAAUCCCUGAAUUUGUAAAAAGUUCUGUUUCGUCCCAAACUUCGCAGUCAGCGUUGACUGCACGGCCAAUUCACGCACUAUCGUAUCGGGUCUUUCUCUUCCUUUGAUAACCAUUCGCCAGAACUCGUUUUUGUUAAUGACUUUGAGAGCGCAGUUAUAUUUACCAUCAUCAAUAGGAGAGCGUUCUUUGUCGCAUCGAUCCUCUUCGUCGCUGUUGUUCGCGGUCUUCGAAUUUUUCCGCCGGGCGGCAAAAAUAGAAGCGUACCGACCAC